CAUUUACUAGAUCUACAAAUAAUCUGUGGCACCACCUGGGCGUGUUGUCGUCGUACAGAUUAGUGAAAUCUCGUGAAUACGGAGUAAUUUCUAGGUCGAGAUCCGGGUGUGAGGUGGGCUUAAUGCCUGCCUGCAUUGGCUACGUGUAAAUUUGGGGGAAAAUGGCUGAUAGAAAAAACAAUAAUGUCCCUAACUCCAGUGCAAAUUUAUUGUUCAGUGCUGCUCCAGAGUUUAACUUCAAUUUGCCUUUCAUCCCGGUGAGCCAGGCCACCGGGCCGGCGGUGUUAUCCGGAGAAGAUUCCACUGAUGUUGGAGAGGAAGACAGCUUUCUAGGCCAGACCUCUGGCGGUGUGCCCGCCCCCUCUACGUUCAACUACUUCUCCAGUCCCGUGACCAGCAGCGACCCGUUCGCCUCUAUAGGCCACCAGCCAUGCCCUCCACCAGCACUUUCAGUCGCACCCACAACAGCGGGUCCGACCUCCGUUCCCAGCAGCGUAAGCAUGGCCCCGCCGCCCCCCUCUGGCCCACAGAUGAACCCUGCCUCGGCCUUUGGUAGUACUGUGUAUCAGAGCCCCAUGGGGCGGCACACUCCUCCCCUCAGCUCGAUGACCCCGCCUCCUCCCCAGGCCCCCCCGCAGAGCCACAACCCCUACCGCCACACCCCUGUCAGCAGCAGAGCCAGCCCUUAUAUUCCAGCUCCAGAAGUCCAGCCGCCGUCCCACCACCCGCCGCAGCAGAACCCCUACUCCCUCGGCUCUUCAGCACAAACAUUCCCACUGUCAGGACCUGCAUUCACAAAGCCCCCUCCCACACAGAUGCAGGUGCCUCCACCUCCUGCCACCACUGCUGGAGCGUUGGUCCCUGCCAAUCCCAUGAUGCCGUACAACUACAACGUGUACGAGCCCGUUCAGCCUCACUGGUUCUUCUGCAAACAAGUGGAAUCGAAGAGCGUCUGGCUGCCUUUCAGCAUCAUCGACUCCAUUCAGCUGGAGGAGACGUACAACUCAGUUCAACCAGACCCGGAGAGUGUGAUCGUGUGUACAGACGGAGGGCGGUACGACGUGCAGCUGUACGACCGCAUGCGGACCGCGGUGUACUGGGAGGAGGAGCCCACAGAGGUCCGACGCUGCACCUGGUUCUACAAAGGGGACUCCGACAGCCGCUUUAUUCCAUAUUCAGAGGAGUUUAGUGACAAACUCGAGUCAGAAUAUAAGAAAGCUGUGUCUACCAACCAGUGGCACCGGAGGCUGGAGUUCCCAUCUGGGGAAACCAUUGUUAUGCACAAUCCAAAGGUGAUAGUCCAGUUUCAGCCGUCUGCCAUGCCAGACGAGUGGGGCACAACUCAGGAUGGGCAGACCAGGCCCAGAGUGGUGAAGAGAGGCAUUGAUGACGACCACGAUGAAGUGCCUGAUGGUGAGCUCCCUAAGGUGGAUCAUCUGGUGUUCAUGGUGCAUGGAAUCGGCCCCGUCUGUGACCUGAGGUUUCGGAGCAUGGUGGAGUGUGUGGACGACUUCCGUAGUGUGUCCCUGAAGCUGCUGCAGAGUCACUUUAAGAAACCACAGGAUGAGCACACGAUUAGCCGGGUGGAGUUCCUCCCUGUGCAGUGGCACACAGCCCUACAUGGAGACGCCACAGGGGUGGACAGGCGGAUAAAGAAGAUCACCUUGCCCAGCACUGGUCGUUUACGUCAUUUCACCAACGAGACCUUGUUAGAUGUGCUCUUCUACAACAGCCCCACUUACUGCCAGACCAUCAUGGACACAGUUGCCAAGGAGAUUAACAGAAUCUACGCCCUGUUUAUGAAGAGGAACCCCGACUACAAAGGAGCCGUGUCAGUGGCCGGCCACAGCUUGGGUUCGCUGAUACUCUUUGACCUGCUGUCAAAUCAAAAGAAUGGCUCUCCUGCACCAGUCAUUCCAACUGCAAAUGGAGAUCCUCCACUAGACAGCAAACAGGUUCCCUCUGCGACACAGACAAACAAUGCUGUGACCCCCCCGGCUGUGGAGGAAGAGCCCAAAGAGGAUGGGGAGGAAUUUGAAGAUCUGUCCGCCAUGCUGGAGCAUCUGGGCUUAUCUGAGUACAAGAGUACAUUUGAUGAGGAGAAGAUUGACGUUGAAUCUUUUCUUAUGUGCACAAUCGAAGACCUGAAGGAGAUGGGAAUCCCGCUGGGGCCCAGGAAAAAGAUUGCCAAAUUUGUCAAGGAGCGAGUGAAUAAGCAGGCGGCGCGGCAGGCGGCUCAGGAGAAGAAAGCCGAGGUGAAGGAGGUCAGUCAGGAGGUGGCGCCCUCACAACCGGCUGAACCCACUCCUGAUCCCGCCGUCAAGAAACUUCCUGUGGGCAGAACUGUCUCCUCCAUCCACGUUGACUACAAUUACUUUGAAGUGGGCACCGGACAGGUUUCGGUGAUCUACCACUCUCUGGACUUUGAGCCAGUGAAUUUCUUUGCUCUCGGCUCUCCUAUUGGCAUGUUCCUGACGGUCCGAGGCCUGGAGAAGAUCGAGGAGACGUACCAGCUGCCCACAUGCAAGGGGUUCUUCAAUAUUUACCAUCCGCUGGACCCGGUGGCGUACCGGAUCGAGCCCAUGAUAAUGCCAGACUUGGACUUGAAGCCUGUUUUGAUCCCACAUCACAAAGGGAGGAAGAGGCUGCAUCUUGAGCUGAAGGAGAGCCUGUCCAGGAUGGGCUCUGACCUGAAGCAGGGAUUUAUCAGCUCCCUGAAGAGCGCCUGGCAGACGCUCAACGAGUUCGCCCGCGCCCACACCUCCUCUGCCCAGCUGCAGGCCGAGCUGGCCAUCGUGGCCAAUCAGAUCAAGGAGGAGGAGGAGAAGCAAGUGCAGGAGGAGCAAAAGAUUUCAGAGAGUCCAGAGCCGCACAGAGAGGAGGAGCCCCAGGUGAAGAUCGGGAUGCUGAACGGAGGGAAACGCAUCGAUUACGUCCUGCAGGAGAAACCCAUCGAGAGCUUCAACGAGUACCUGUUCGCCCUCCAGAGUCACCUGUGCUACUGGGAAUCUGAAGACACGGCUCUGCUUAUUCUCAAAGAAAUCUACAAGACCAUGGGGAUCCAUCCUGAACAGAUAGUACAUUAAUAUAAUAAGGUAUCUGAGAUGAAAAUAAACCUGUCUGAAAACUUUCCCAUUAGGUUUAUUUCAUGUCAUUUCCUCCUGUAUUUUAAUACAUUUUUUUCCUUUGUUUUUUUUUCCCUCCUAUUUUCUAUUAAUGUAGUUUACCGUAUGAAGAAUGAAUACAAAUGUAUUAUGCCAUUUGUCUUAAAUUAAGAAGAACAGAUAUGAAAAUGGUAGAUUCAAAGACACUUGACUGGUUUGAAUUUACAUUUUUAUAGUUUAAGUUAUAGAACUGGUCAUGUUGGCUUGGAGUUUACGGAAAUGUAUAUCAAAAUGAAAUCAAAUAUUAACGAGAAAUUACAUAGCAGCAUUGAAUGCAACCUCCUGUAACUUUUAUUUCAUGGCCGAAAUGUCAAAAAUAAAUCAUUUCCUUACACAA